AAAUUUCUCCUCUUCGCUGGAGAGCGAGAGAGAGAGAGACUCUCGAGAUGGUGGCUGCGACGAUGGCCGGAGGAGGACCGCCGAAGACGGUGUUGAUCACCGGAGUGAGCCGAGGUCUUGGUCGGGCGCUGACCCUGGAGUUGGCUCGCCGUGGCCAUACUAUCAUUGGCUGCUCCCGCUCCGAGGACAAAAUUCAGGCCCUCCAGGACGAGUUGCAGCUCCCGUCUGAUGCCCCUCCGGUGGCCUCUUCCUCUUCCUCCUCUUCUUCCUCUUCUUCAAAGCACCUCCUCUCUGCCAUCGACGUGAGAUCGGACGAGAGUGUUAAGGAAUUCGCGAAACUUGUUGCGCAGGCAAAAAGGGUGCCGGAUAUCAUAGUUAACAAUGCUGGUACCAUAAAUAAAAACAACAAGAUAUGGGAGGUUCCUGGAGAAGAGUUUGAUAUGGUCAUAGAUACCAAUUUAAAGGGAGUUGCUAACAUACUUCGUCACUUUUUGCCACUUAUGAUUGAAAGGAAAAAAGGUAUAAUUGUGAACAUGUCAUCUGGAUGGGGAAGAUCACCUGCUGCAGAGGUUGCCCCAUAUUGUGCUUCAAAAUGGGCCAUUGAGGGACUUUCUCGAUCUGUCGCAAAGGAAUUACCUCCUGGUUUGGCAAUUGUUGCUCUUAGUCCUGGGGUGGUAAAUACUGAAAUGCUUGCUUCGUGCUUUGGGAGCUCUGCUGCCUUGUAUCAGUCACCUGAAGCAUGGGCACCAAAAGCAGCUACAAUGAUACUUAAUCUCACAGAGGAUGAUAAUGGUGCCUCACUAACUGUCUGACAACAGCAUCAAUUAGCUUAGAUACAUGUGUAGUUUCUUCUGUGAAACUUUAGUCAUCUCUUAGUUUUGCUUCAUACACAAAGUGCUUGUUGUUGAUGAUGGAAAAGAAUCUUGAACAGCAGAUGGUAAUGUUUUUGAUAUUCUAGUCCUUACUAACUCCUCUAUAGACAAAAACUCCUACAAAGGCGAAUUUUCUAAUUUACACUUUGUUAUUUGCAUCCUGGUUAUCUUAUCUGAUACAUGACAAUGAAAUGUGUUGUAAGUUGAAUGAUUCAAAUAUGAUUUUGUAGACAUUGAUACUGGUAGAAGA